AUGCUUUUGAACCUUGACCUUGAUGAGCUGUUGCAUGUGCUGCAGCAAAUAAGUAAGAGGAAAACGGGUGCAGAAAAGCGCGUAUUUAACGUGCUCGCUCAGCUCUCUGGACACAUGACCUUGAAGAAGACGACCUCUUACGAAAUGCGUUUGCAGUCUGGGAUAGUGCCGGACAUCUGUCAGCUUUUCAAGCUGAGCUUGACUCAUGCCCCACAAGGGUAUAAUCAACUCCUCUUCCCUGAACUUGUCAUCUUCUUGGAUUUAGACGACAUAGUCGGGAUCAAAGGGCUAAGCUCAGAUCCAGAUCAUGUAGCCUUGGAUACUUACCGAUUGGGUAUCUUUGGACUACAGAUGCUGCGGUCCUACAGCCUGAAGACUUCUUUGGUCUUUCAAGUGGUCGGUCAGGAAAUGAAGUUCUUCUUGUGUGAAGUGGUGUCUGGUAUUUGCUUCUUGUUUGAGGUAGGAAGCUUGGUUUUUCCGUUGACAUACGACGAGUAUGCCAACGUUUACUCACAAGUCAACACGUUGUACAAUGUCGCCAGUCUGUAUGAGCGGCAUUGUAUACGCAUUGAAAAAGAAAAAGAAAGAGCACAAUGGCAGUUACUCGAUUAUAAUGCUGUCAAGAACAUGUUUGAGAUCAAAACAAGUUACGCUUCAACAGUGAAAAGCAAAGCAGCUUCUUCAGCGAAAGACUGUGAAUAA